UGUUUGUGUCUGUGUCUCUCUCUAUGUGUGUGUAUGUGUAUUUAAGGCGGUACAUCACGUACAGUCCACAUUAGCGUGACAGUGGGUGUGUUUCUCCGAAAGAAUGAAUCAGUACAUUUCAGAUCAUUGAAGGACAACUGAGACACACACACACACACUCAGUCGAUGAAGACGAAGACGAAGAGGAAGAAGCAGCAGCAGCGGGGACGAGUCAGAGACACAGCUUUACCAGCAACAGCAACAGGGAGCUGUGAGUUUAGCUAACUAACGUCACACCGCUGCUAACCACGUGCUCUGGACAAGGACAGAUGUGUUAGAACAUCACCGGCACCGAUCUGAGACCAGACUCUCCAGUCACCUGUAAUGCAGUCGGGAGCCUGACAGCAGCAGCUAUGUUGGCGAGGGCCACCCUGAGCAGAGGAAUUACUGCCCUCCGCCUCAGUAAGAAUAUGACUCUGUAUGUGAAUGAAUUAGCGUCUCCAGCCUCAGGAAGCCAGACCCUGGCCUCUGAAGAACCCAAGCCCCUCAUGCUGAUGCUACCGUGGCUGGGUUCGCGUCCCCAAGCUGUGGCCAAGUACUGUGAGAUCUACUUCCGCACCGGCUUCGAUGUGCUCGUAGUGGAGAGUGAGGUGAAACACUUCCUCUGGCCUCGCUGGGGUCUGGAUCAUGGAAAGAAUUUGAUCGAGUUGCUCCAGAGCGAACGCUUUGUGUCCCGCCAACUCAUCGUCCAUGCCUUCUCUAUCGGUGGCUACACGUUUACCCAGCUGCUGGUUCAUGUGUCCCGGGACAUGCAGAAAUAUCAGUCGCUCACAAAGAGGAUCAAAGGUCAAGUCUUUGAUAGCUUGGUGAUGGGCACUGUGGAGAUGAUGGCCUCAGGUCUAGGUAAAACCGUAUUUCCUCGUUUGGAGUCACUGGUAAAAAAGGUGAGCAUGCUAUACUUUGGCAUGUUCAAACAGCAAACGGUGGACUACUACAACACAAGCAUCGAUGUGUUUUGGAACACACCAAUCCCCGCCCCCUCACUGUUCCUCUUUUGCGAGAACGAUCUGUUAAGCGACGCGCAGACUACGAUUGAAUUGAUCGACUUCUGGCGAAGGCGCGGGAUAAACAUCACCACAAAGAAGUGGGCGGAUUCAACACAUGCAGGUCACCUGAAGAGGCACCCACAGGAGUAUGUGACCGCACUGGAAUUAUUCUUCUAUUCACUCAAUGUCGCUCCGCUGAAGGCCAAGAUGUAAGAUGGUCGCACUUAAACUUGAUUCCACGUCAGCUUGACUGUUCCUGUUUUCUUUGUUUCCCCGAAAUGUUUGUUGUCUUUUUGUGUGUGUUGCAGUAAUAUUAAGAAAGCACUUUGAUUAAUGCUUGCAGGUAUGUUUAAAUUAUACUGUAGUUCAGUUUCCACUACAAAUCACUUUUAGAAGAUGAAUAUAGAUGGAGUUAAUGGAACAAUGUGUACAGAGAUGGCCACAAGCACAUUUUCUGUAUGGAUCAUUAACACAGGCAAUUGUAUUUGUAAAGUACAAUCCAUUACAGGUUAACUCAACUUACUUUACAUUAAAGUGCAUACAAGAAGUUACAUGAGAUUGUAUUAAAUAACUGUGGCUUAUUUUACACAUCAUUUUACACAUCUUUGUUUUUUUUUUUACCCCUCGCCUGAAUGUUCCGGACAGUUUCCUGUUGUUGUGAGCGCGUCUGACCUGGAUACUCUCCUGAUGCGUUCUGCGCACGUGAACGGCAAACUCUGCCUUGACCCAAUUUAUCGCUCAUUUUCUGAAAUUCCUGUCGGAAAACUGCUAAUGUUUCGUCAUUGCUUGAAGUUUGAUAAACCGUUCCAGUGUUCAAACUCCCAUUACUUAAUGUUUAAUAACGUUUAUGUUUGCAUACACAACUGAUAAGCUCCAGUUCAUACUGAGAUUAUUUUUUAUCGUGAAAGAUAUGCAAAAUGUACUUGUCUUUUCAGGGACUAUAUUGUGGUACACAGGAAGUACUGCAGUGUUGUGUCUGGCAGCAGCAGUAGAAGAAUAGCACUAAUAGCAAUAGUAGCAUUAAUAUAGCUGGAAGACUUAUAGAAACUUAAAAUUCAUAAACCUCAUGAAUAGAAACUUAAACAAAUAUAACCAGUGCCUUGAAGAAUAUCUAAUAAUUUAAAAGAAAUUCCACCAUGUAGGUGUUUGUUGAACUGGAUGAAAACCAGAUGAUAACAUCUUGAUAUAUGCAGGAGCUCAUGUGAGCUGGUGGUAUCCAUCAGUUACGUGGGCGUUUUUCCAUGUUGUGAGAUCUUUACAACUGUUUAUCUGUCUCCAUUCUUUCUAUCAAUAUUGUUUUUCCUCACAAAGUUGCAACUAACAACUGAACAUUUGAAAACCUCUGGAAAUUGUACAAACUGUGGUCUCUCAUAACUUGAACAUCUCCUACAUUUCUGACAUGUAUACUUAUAUUCCAGACUAGUGUUUCUUUAUCUAUUCUCUUGCUGGUGGUCUAGAAAUAAAUAUGUGAGAAUCUUC